CAGUUUUGAGGAAGUGACGCGCGCUUGAGACUGGGCGAAGGAAGUUUCAUUUGGCUCUGUGGUGCUUAGCUAAAGUUUUCCCCGGAGCCACAGUCGGGGAUUAGAAAUUCUGUGAAAUUGUAACGCUGGAGAGACUGAUCCAGCUGUGGAGGGAACCAUCGUUUUCCUCGGCGUUGAAAGAACGAGUACGCCUGUGAGAUUAGUAGAGGACCGCAAAGGAUUUUUUCUCCCGCUUUCUAACCCCCUCUUUCCCAAAUCCUCUGACCCCCUUCUCGAUCCGAGAUGGGGAAGGAGCAGGAACUCCUAGAGGCGGCGCGCACAGGAAAUCUUGCCGCCGUGGAAAAGCUUCUCUCUGGGAAACGACAAUCGACUGGAAGUGGAAGUGGAUCAUCAGGGACUGGUGGAAGCAGCAAUAGCAGUGGUCACAAUGCUUCGCACCCGCUUUCCAGCCUUCUCAGUAUCUGGAGGGGUCCUAAUGUGAACUGUGUGGACAGCACUGGAUACACUCCUCUACACCACGCAGCCCUAAACGGACACAGUGAAGUUGUGGAGUCACUGUUACGUAACGAGGCCUUGACCAACAUCGCUGACAAUAAGGGCUGCUACCCCCUGCACCUGGCUGCAUGGAAGGGGGACCAACGGAUCGUCAGGCUGCUCAUUCACCAAGGCCCCUCACACCCCAAACUCAACGAGCAGAGCUCCUCUGUAGAGCACAAAGAGUUGAAACGCUGUGGGCCCUUUGACCUGCAUAUUAAUGCCAAGAACAAUGACAACGAGACCCCUCUCCACUGUGCCGCCCAGUAUGGCCACACCCAGGUGGUGCGUCUGCUGCUGGAGGAGCUGACCGACCCCACCAUGAGGAACAACAAGUUUGAGACGCCGCUGGACCUGGCGGCACUCUACGGCCGGCUAGAGGUGGUCAAGCUGCUGCUCACCGCCCACCCCAACCUGCUCAGCUGCAACACCAAGAAACACACGCCGCUGCACCUGGCCUCACGUAACGGACACCUGGCCGUGGUGGAGGUGCUGCUGGGCGCUGGCAUGGACAUCAACUAUGAGACGGAGAAGGGCAGCGCCCUCCAUGAAGCAGCUCUCUUUGGGAAAACUGACGUGGUGCUGAAACUUCUGAGGGAAGGGGUUAAUGUCAACAUGGUGGACAACAAGGGCCUGACUGCGCUGGACACUGUCAGAGAGAUGCCCUCUCAGACGAGCCGGCAGAUAGCAGCUCUAAUUCUGGGUCAUAUGUCAGGAAAUCCCCCUGUUUUGGACUUGCCUCCUCCCCCACUCCCUCCACCUAAUGAGAGCCCUAGUCCGAGGAAAAAAGGUGAGAUGGAGGUGGUGAGUGCACUGCUCUCGGGGCUGGCCCCGGGGCCUGAGGAAGAGAGCCCGUAUGAGGCUCUGUUUGAGGCCACCUCCUGUCACUCUCUAGACAGCCUGGCCAGCGGGAAGUCCUCCGACAGGGACUCUGGACGGCCUGACAGUGAAGCCGGAAAGAAAGACCGGCUGGCUCACCAAUCCCAACCUACCCCAGGCCAUGUAGAGGAGCUUAGCUCAGAGGCCCUAUUCACUAACAGCAGCAUCGAUGAGAGGGGGGAGACAGAGGAGGAGGAUCACACGUAUGAACUGCUGCUGUCCGCCCAGACCAAAGUCCCCCAGUCCGCACUGGACCCCCCAUCCCAGAAAGAUGGGAAUGCUACAGUCAAACAGUCUUCCAACAGUCUCCUACCUCAGCAGCAGAAGCCCACUGCCCCUAGUGACCUCAGACCACCAGGCGAGACGGGCAACACCCUGAAGCUCCCCGGACCUCCUGUGGUUGGACCUGGACGGACGGGACUCCGCUCCACUGCUGAUAACUCCCUACUCGGCCAGGACCUAGUCGCAGUACCUGAAGUGUUCACAGGCCUCUUGCACGGAUCCUCGCCUGUGUUUGACUGUCAGGUGGAGCCCCUCAGCAGGCUGCCAGGUGGGGUACUGACACAGUCCAGCCAGGGCCAACAGCCGGCGCCAGCUCCAGCGGUACCCACCAAAACAACAGAAGCUCCGCCUCUGCCUCCUCCAAACAUCAACAUGGCUGCCAUCCUGACAGACUGUGACCCCAAAGCCAUCUAUGCCACAGUGUCUAAGGGGGUGCCCAGGGACAGAGACAGAGACAGGAUGAGGGACUUUGGGUCUGGGGCUGUGCCUGCUGGCAGGAUGCGUCCCCCUGGGGACCUGAAGCUGGCCCGCAGCCUCUCCAAGUCGGACUCGGACCUGCUGGUAUCGCCGCCUAGCGAGGAAGAAGGAGGGCUGGGCAGCCGGAGUGAGUCCGUCUCCAACUGCAGCGCAGCCAAGAAGCGGCUGGAGAAGUCGCCCUCUUUCACCUCUGAAUGGGACGAGAUGCCUCCCACACUACCUCCUCGGAGAUCUCAGUCCUCUGAAAGUAUUGAGAAGAUCAUGACGCUGAUUGGCGCAGGCAUUGAUUUCUCCAGAGACCAGCAGUUCGCUACCCCAGGUGGGGCGGCUGGGCGGCUGCUGGACCAGCCAGUGGGAGACUGGCUGGAACACGUGGGGCUGCCGCAGUACGAGAGCAAGCUGCUGCUCAAUGGCUUUGACGACCUGCACUACAUGGGCAGUAAUGUGAUGGAGGAACAGGACCUGAGCGAGAUAGGCAUCACUGACCCAGGACAUCGGAGGAAGAUCCUGCAUGCAGCUCGGUCCCUGCCAAAGGUGAAGGCCCUGGGCUGUGACGGCAGCAUCUCUCUCACCUCCUGGCUGGACCUCCUGGGCCUGCAGGAGUACCUCCACAACUUCCUGUCCAGCGGAUACCGCAGCCUCGACUGUGUCAAGAACCUGUGGGAGCUGGAGAUUGUCAACGUACUGAAAAUCACCCUGCUGGGACACAGAAAACGCAUCAUCGCCUCGCUGGCAGAAAGGCCCUAUGAGGAACCUCCUGUCAAGCCCCCCCGCCUGUCCCAGAUCAGGUGUCAGGACCUGGUAUCACAGACCUCCUCUCCCAUCAGUCACAUGGACUCCUACGCGGGUCGUUCCAUGGACCCCCUCCUGCCGUUGGGGGAGCCUGGGAGGAGGAAGGGGCCUGACCCAGCUUACGAUGUGGACCCCCACCGGCCCCGAAGUGGAAGACACCGCUCACAUGAGAGGUAUGAGGAGCGGCAUCGGGAGCCCCGUCUGACCCUGCGACCCCCCAGCCUGGCAGCCCCUUACACCCCUGUACAAAACUGGCACCACCAGCCUGAGAAGCUCAUCUUUGAGUCCUGUGACUAUGAAGCCAAUUACCUGGGAUCUAUGCUCAUUAAGGAGCUACGUGGGACAGAGUCCACCCAGGACGCCUGUGCCAAAAUGAGGAGGUCGACAGAGCAGAUGAGGAAGGUCCCCACCAUCGUCCUCUCCAUCACAUACAAAGGGGUGAAGUUCAUUGACGCAGCCAAUAAGAACAUCAUAGCUGAGCAUGAGAUCCGGAACAUCUCGUGUGCGGCCCAGGACCCAGAGGAUCUGUGCACGUUUGCCUACAUCACCAAGGACCUGCAGACCAACCACCACUACUGCCAUGUGUUCAGCACAGUGGACGUGAACCUGACCUAUGAGAUUAUCCUGACACUGGGACAAGCUUUUGAGGUGGCCUAUCAGCUGGCUCUCCAGGCCCAGAGGACCAAACAGCACCAGGGCAUCCCAGCAGGACCUGGGACAGAGGUCAUCGAGACCAAAUCCAGCCGGCCCGUUCCUAAACCACGGGGCAGCGUAAGAAAAUUAGGGGUGGACCCGUUGGAGCUGGUGGGGGAUUCCCAGUCCCAGGGCAGUGCCACGUGGCUGGUGGACCCCGUCCCCAAGGACUCCAAGAGGACAAUCAGCACUAAGCGACGGCCACUGUGAGAUGCUCUUGAAGAACUUUCCCUCCUUGUUUUCUGAACAAUAAUCUCCUGACUCCAGUGCUUAAAAAAAAAAUUAUGAUUCUCUACAGCCAAGGAUCAACUACCUGGAUGAACAUUGUUUUCUAGAAGAAUCUGUAAGGCUGUUCCAUUGUUGUAACUCUACACACAUUAGUAGGAACAUUGCCUGUUUCCCUGCAAGGGGAUGGAUGACAACCUUGUUGCACAGGACUAAACCCUAAACCCAUCCCCCCCUGGGAUUGGUCCAUUUGGGUUAACAGUGGGAAGGGCACGUACAUACGUGUCCUGUCAGACUGAUUUACACUCUUUGUGUGGGUUUACCGGAAACUGUCUGGGGAAAACUGUCCCUCUGUGUCAGGCUGCCAAAGGAGGCUAGGGUCCAGCUCUGUGAUAGGAGAUCUCUAUUGGGAACUAAUGGAGUUAACAUUGACAGGGCCUUUUGUUAGGGAACGACAGUGGGCAGGAUAGGACACAGAGGCUCACACAGAAUAUAGUGUCCUACGUAGAGGUGCUUACUGUUAUAGACAGACAGCCUAGUGGGACAUCUAUUUGAGCAUGCCUUUCUCUGUUUAUGACUGAGAUGACUUUGAUUUAAUAUCUAGUGCAAUCCUAAUUUGGAGUGUCAUGAGCACUUUUUGUGAGUGCUUGGAUGCUGGGGAAAUAUUGUGUGCAUCCAAGAUGAUAUGAAGAGAAAUUGAAUUGACUGUUCAUUUAAUAGAGUAGGAACCAAAGAGAUGCCGAAAUGGGUGAAUUCUGCUCUAGCCACCCGUAAUAGACCUGGGUGAUGGUCUUAGGGUAAUAACUCAGCCUAGCUGGUACAUCAGUCAAUAUAGAGCUGAUUAGUGCCAGUAACCUUAAUGACGAGGACGAGAGCUCAUCAUAUCUCUCAGUGGAGAGGAGAGGUUAUAUGAAGUACGUAAAAACAAAUAUAUAUACCAUUGUUCACAAUCCAAGCAUGUCUUAAUGGACUGAAAGAGGAAGGCAUUAGGUUGGCAAGGCACUGAUUCUACAUAGACAUAAUACAAGUACAUCAUUACUUACUGUUGGUGUGCUAGGUUCAGUGCAUUAAGUGUUCAAAUCACUGUUCACAUCCAUCUAAAAUUCAAACUCAUCGCCAUAUUCCAAAUAGUGUUAAGACCCAAUCAACCCACUGUUGAAACUUAAACCCAGCGGAAUGGGGGCUUUCCUUUCCUUCUUUUCCUUUUCAGAACUCAUGCCUUCUUGAUGUUCAUGUUGUCAUUAAUGGAUGUCUGUCUGUGUUUGAUUUAGAAUCCACGCUGCCUCAGUCAAUAUUCAGAGUGCUAACAUUGAAGCGGCAGUUGAUCAUUAUCUAGAAAAAUCCAUCAUUUUUAUAUCUUCUCCAUUUAGUUUUCAGUUGGCUCCGUCAUGUUUAUACAUUAUUUUAACCCCAGUGCUGUGUUGGUGUGUAUCUCCAUUCCAUGUAGCUGACUACCAUGACCAGACACCCAGCCAGAGUGAGAGAUCAGGGGUGCCCAGACAAAUGGUAUUUUGUUGUGGGGCAGGAUGCCCUUUUGGAAUCAAGAGAAAGGCCAGGCCCACUUUCCAUGCACCCCUCCACCCACUGGGGGUCGUGCUUGCAUACACCAGGAAGGCCCUACCUGCUCUCUGCCGCCCCCGGCCCUCUCCUCAUCCUCCACUUCUUCAGCUCCAGGGGUCAGCGCUGUAGCUCUGUAGCAGACAGACAGGAAGUCAGCUAUUGGCUUCUUCCACCCUGUCCUGUCCUUUGAGCACUGUGACGGACUGCCCCCAGGCAGUAAACCGAAUCAACCAACACCCUCACUGCAUCCACUUACAUAUACUGAACAAUGGACUCAAUAUGUCAAAACUUGGUCAGUUAUCUAGAGAUCACAAAGGUGGGUGUUUGUUUGGUACGUGUCCCUCUUUCAUUGUGAAGCACUCAACUUCAACAUCCCACCUUGGUACAACAUGGUACAACUUAAACAUAAACAUGGUACAAAUGAAGCAUGUUUAUCCUUUACAGGCCUGUGAAUGCUGUUCAGACAGACAGUGUAUUCUAUUUAUGGGUACGAGAGUGACAAGUUCCCAGUUGUUGUUUUUUGCCAGACAUUUUGUGACUUGUUUAUCCAUUCCAUGAGAGGUGAAGAUGGUUGCCUCCUCUAGAUUGGUGCCUCAAACAACUCCUCCUCAGAGAGGCCUUUCCCAUACACUUAAAUGUGUCUUCACUGAGGGCUACGCUAAGCUACUCUUUACUCUGACAGUGAUAGUAAUCAACAUAAAUUAUAGAUUUUGAGCAGAGAAAAUCGAGAUCCUACCUGACUAUUUCAAUGCAAUACCUAUGGGAAAUGAGAGCUACAUUUGGGAAGAAUUGGGUAAAAUGAUUACAAUGUGAGAUGCAGCAGUACACUCACAGACUCUCUCCUGUCCAUCCAUCCAAGCACCAGGUCAGCGACAUCAAAGCAUCUCUUCCUUAUUUUCAUCUCCUCAUUCAUACAGAACUGUGAUAAAUAAUGGAAUAGUGUGCGGGAGGAAUUUUGGACGGCUGUUAAACUGACACUACAGAUCAUAUUUAAACAGGGUGAAUGGCUUUUAUUUGAUAAAAAUAAUAAUAAUGUAUUGUCUUUUUGUACGUUUUAACUGUCCUGAUGCUGGAUACUAUAUGACCAGGCUGGUGUUAGGAGAUAGUCCUACUGAUUGCAUUUUAUUCCCCCUCACUUUAUUUCUGAAUUAAUUUUGAACUAGUCAAACCACAAAACCAGUCAUGUAAGAUUUUAGGUACAAUAAUGUACCAAGCAUUUUCUCCCCAUACGCUAUCUCUCCUGGUACUUAGACUGUUUUGGGUACUCUGUGAAUGCUGAGUCUGUUUUGGGUACUCUGUGAAUGCUGAGUCUGUUGGUAUGUUGACUAGUUAUGGUACACUCAAUAUGGUACACUGGCUUCAGCUGGUUGAUAGCACCUGCAGCCAUCAACUUGGUCCCAUCUUCGCGUUUGCACAUUUACUAAGGAUCAUUGGUAGUACAAUGCGACUAUUCUGAUGAUAUUGAUGAUGACUAUGAUGAUGAGAACAAUAUUGGAUUGUAAAUUAAUCUCUAGCAGUCUGUAUUUUGAUACUUGAAUGAUUUUGCUUUUAUAGAUAUCUAUAUAUAUGUAUGUAAUUUUUUGCCACAUUUGUCGUAAAGAGAAAAAGGACUGCGUCUUAUAAAGUUCAACAUAUCAUGAUACCCAACGAUUGAAAACAAACAGAAAGAACUUAGAGCGACCGCACUAAAGAAACAAAGAAAAAGAUUGUAAAUAAUCUUGGGCUUCCAGUCUUUUUAUGAUUUAUUAUUUUUCAUAAUUGUACAACUAAUAAAUGAAGAAAUGAUGAACCAGA